UCUCUUCCUUGCACUUUUUUGUUUAUGGUUUAUUAAAAUUGUAUAUAUAAUCAUUUGGUUUCCAAACAAUAAUAAAGAGAAGAAGUCUUCUCUCUCAUUUUCUCUGACAAUAGUGAUAUGGAACAAUAACUAUAACUUUGUCUCAUUAAUGGACAAAAUUUAAAAAAAAGAAGAAGAAAACAACAAUAAACUGGAAUUGGAAGAGUGAAGUUAAUGCUCUGAUUUUUUUAUACCAACAUUGACUCUAUAUAAUGUUUAGUAAUAAAAAGAAUAGUUUACCACCAAGGCCUCAUUUACCAAACCAUGAACAUAUGUUGGAAGAUCUUGAAAAUGCUGUUGUGGAUGAUGUAGCGUUUAAAAUCAUAAAUGAUUUACAUAUAAAAGAAUCUUAUGGUCUGACAAGUAUUAACAACUCCGAUGAUAUAUACAAGAAAGUAAAAACUUAUUUGAAUACCAAACAGCAGUUGAGACAAUUGGAAUGUACUUUGAGAAGAGAAGGACAGGAAAUGCAGGCAGAUAAUGAGGAAAUAAAAAGGCUUGCGGAUAAUAUUAGAAAGCAGGCACAUGCUGCUCUGAUAACAUACUAGAGAUAUAGGAAUCCUAGGUAAUUAAUGUUAAAUUAUUUUAACAAUUAAUCUAUUAUAUACAAAUAUAAAUUAUAUUAAAAUAUAUAUAUAUAAUUUAUUUCAAUGUAAAAUUUUAUAGCCAUUAUUAAUCCUAUAUCUUGUACUUAUAUCUAUUGCUGAUAUCAAUACUUGAUUUCUGUUUUCUAUCAAAACCUUUUUUUGUUGAUGUCUGUUUAUUUAAAAUAAAUAAAUUUAUUACAUAAACA